AGAUUAUAAUGUGACUACGUUUCCCAUGGUGCACGGGGACAAUGGUUCUGCGUCUUGGUGCUAAACGAUCGCAGGUUUUUUUUUUGCUACUUAUUGAGGGCCCUAAACCAUGUACAAAGAGUUGGCAGUGGCAUUGGGGCUCGGAACGGUGGUAGCCCUGGUAUUCCUGAAGAAAAGAAAGAGUGUACUGAAAGCACAUGAUGGGUGGUGGGGUGUGGGAGCUUGUCCCCAAGAACCCGAAGAUGAUAGUAUCCGCCCUUUCAAAGUUGAGACAACUUCAGAAGAGAUUGAGGAUCUACACCGCAGGCUAGAUCAGACCCGCUCAUUUCCUUCUCUUGAAGACAGUCAGUUUAACUAUGGCUUCAACUCCAAAUACCUUGAGAAGGUUGUGUCUUAUUGGAGGAAUGAUUUUAACUGGAGGAAACAAGUGGAUAAACUGAACAAAUACCCUCAUUUCAAAACCAAAAUCGAAGGUAUUGAUAUUCACUAUGUUCACGUGAAACCAAAGAGCCUGGCUGAGGGAACCCAUGCUGUGCCUCUGAUGAUGGUACAUGGAUGGCCAGGCUCCUUCUAUGAAUUUUAUGGUAUCAUCCCCCUGCUUACGGAGCCAUCCAGUCCUGAUGACAUUACUUUCGAAAUCAUUUGUCCCUCAAUACCUGGUUAUGGUUUCUCAGAGGCCCCACAUAAAAAAGGUUUUGACGGUGUAUGUGCAGCACACAUAUUCAAUAAACUGAUGAAGAGGCUUGGUUUCAACCAGUACUAUGUCCAGGGAGGAGACUGGGGCUCGCUUAUUACCACUAAUAUGGCCCAGCUGGAGCCCAAUGCUGUGAAAGGCCUCCACAUUAACUUUGCUCUUCCAGGAAAAGCAGGCCUUCUCAUGAUGUUGUCUAUACUUUUUGGUCGCCGAUUUCCCAAACUCUUUGGCUUCACCGAGCAUGAUGUGAAACGCCUUUUCCCCACUAUGGAAAAGCUUGUAGUUGACGCAAUAAGGGAGACUGGAUACAUGCACAUACAGUCCACUAAACCUGACACUGCAGGCCGUGGAUUGAAUGACUCUCCCGUUGGUUUGGCUGCCUACAUUUUGGAGAAAUUUUCAACCUGGACUGAUCCUGAAUUCAAGAACCUUGAGGAUGGUGGACUGGAAAGGAAGUUUUCUCUUGAUGAUCUUCUGACGAAUGUGAUGAUCUACUGGACCUCUAGGUCCAUUAUAUCCUCCAUGCGUUUCUACAAGGAGAACUUCAGCAAAGGCCUGAAUCAGCCCCAUGCAAAGCUUCCAGUUUAUGUUCCGUCAGGUGUGGCCUCUUUCCCCAAUGAGCUGAUGCACUCCCCUAAAUCGUGGGUGACACAGAAAUACCAUAAGCUCAAGACUUACACUCCCAUGGCUCGCGGGGGGCAUUUUGCUGCUAUGGAGGAGCCACAGUUACUGGCAGAGGAUGUUCAGAGCUUUGUCAAGAUUGUGGAAAAGAGAAAGAAGAAAUAAAUAGUUAUCUGUCCUUUUUUUUCAUAUUCAUGGGCUAAUGGAACUCACGGUUUAGAUGCGUAGAUAAAUGCAUCUAAACAGAGAUGACCAUGAAGUAAAAAACAACAGAUGGCUAAUCCUAAUCAUUACUGUGUCAAAAACUAUUAUAAACAAAUGUAUUCCAUUCAUUUUUAGGUAAUAGCACUGUUUAAUCCUAGGAAUAUAUUAACACAAUUUUAUAUUUGCAGCAUGUGCCUUAGUUUUAUUGCAAUUUAAAUGAUUAUAUAAUGACAGGAGCUUGCUUUAGACAUAUUUCACUGAUUUUGAUUGCUCACAGGGGAAAUGCAUUCUGAAUUAAGACAUUCUUAGGGCAAAAAGAAAUGAUCAGUGGAACCAUUCAGAUGCAAUAUUUAGUCUGUAAAUGCAAGUGCUCUGUACUAUUAAGUUUUAAAUAGUUUUAAAGCAUUUUGCACACAUAAUUCAAGUAAUUUCAGGUAUGACAGAAUGCAACUCUACAUGCAAUCGAUCCAAUCUGACAUACGGAUAUUACGACACUAAUCAUGUAAAAAAAAAAGUAUUUUACACAAUGAAUAUAGUGACAGAACUUAUGAGAAAUCAAGCUCUCUUUACAUUUUACGAUAAAGGGAUGAUCUGUGUUGGACCCUUUGAUUGGAAUGUUACUAAAGUUACUAAAAUCCAAACUAACUCCUUAUUUCCUUACCUGAACGUAAACAUUAUUCUAAUAGAUUGAACUGGAUUCAUUAUUAAAAAAAUAAUGUCACUGCAGGUUAAAGAUUGACUGAACAUUAAACUCAUAUCUGCUCCAUUGCAGACGCUUCACAGCAACUAAGUUACUAUUCCCUGUCUAGUUUUUAAUCGAAUACUGUUAGGUAGGCUAAAAAUGUAUGUCAUAAUUCAUUGCUGUCAAUAUAGGCAUGAAGCUCAUAUGAAAUGUGGAGUGAUCAUCACUCAAUUAAAAGUAAAACCCUUGGGGCCCGUUUACACAGGAUGUGUACUUGUAUUCAAAAAUUCACAGCGAUUGCAAUGGAAAGGAAGGCGUAUCGAGAUCCAUUUGAAAAGCUUGUUUAACAUGAAGUAGCGUCCUAAAAAUAUAGUGUUCAUUGUGUGAGAUGCUAAAAAAGUACAGAUGGACAAAAAGUGGCUUAAAAACGAAAAUAGCAUUACAAAAUCGAUCUGAAUGAGAAGUGAACGAGUGAGAAGUGGCGCAGCGAUAAAAGUGAGUCUUGCAUUUAAAAUCACAAACAUUUUAAAGCUUGUAUUUGAACUUAUUUUUAAACUGUAAAAAAAGCAUCGCUCAUGAAGUGGGAUGCUGAAAAAUCAAUGAGAUGUGGCGCAACAGUGCGUUUACUUUGGAAAAUAAUUUGAAAAACACACCACAGUGGAAUGCAAAAAAUGCAUUCUGUGUGAACCGAAGACUUCUGUUUCCACACGUGACAAACAUGAUUCUAAAUAGGAUGAUUCUUUUGAGACAAAUGUUAAACUGAAACCUGCCACCAGACCAAAAUGAUACACCCACAAUAAUGACCCC